AAUGCACGACACGAUCAAGUGAUAACUCUUCUAACCGGGGCUGGGCCGAAUGUGGAACUGGAAGUCCUACGCAAACUCAUCGCUCCACAGGUGACCAAUUCAGAAUCAACUCCUACUUCGCCUAUUAUGCAUUCUGCUGAUGCAGAAUGGGUGAUUGCGUUUGCUCUGGAAUGGCUUAUGUGUUUGCCUAGUUAG